GUUUCUGACCAAAACGAUUCUGUACAUACAGGAAGCAAGCACAAGUUCAAAAAUAGUCUGGACACUAAUUCACAUUUCUGGCUCUUCAAUAAGUCAUACUAGAAUAAAUAUCGUUAGAUGCGGUGGCAUGUUGGAAGGAUGGUGCUGUCCAGAAUUGCAUCUGCGUGAACACAUUUUGACACCAUAACAUUAAGGUAGCUAGCAAGACUGGCUGAAAUAGGCUGAACAUAAUGGAAACAGCGCACCCUGUCGAUGAGAAGAGAGGUUGCAGCGCCAUGUUGUGGUCGGUCGAGGAAGCCGUGGAGAGACAGACUCUUCAGAUCGGGGUAUCUGCUUGCGGAGCAACUGCGGUUGUGGACGUCUUGCAGGCCCUGGGAAUCGCUGUAACGCCUGAAACCGCCGACUUCUGUGUGCGGACUCGGUUAAGAAAGAAUGAAGCGCCUCUCCCCGACUACCUUGUCUCUCGUAGCGAGGCAGGUGCCACCCACCAACAGCUCCUGGACGGAGCAGAGCAGGCCAGCGGUGGGAAAGUAGUGGGGCGGUUCUUUGCCUUCCACCCUCCCCGGCAGGUGAAGCUGGUCCCCUGGCUCGCCCACUGGAUCCAGAGGGGGGCUGUACCAGUAGCCACCAUGAACAUGCAGCUGGCUGUCCCUGAGGGAGAGGAGGUGCCUGACGCCUGGCAUCACCAGCUGAUAUUUGGGGUGGGGCCUAACGCUGUCUUCAUGACAAACCCUCUGGAUGUGGUGAGUGAAGGGGUGGUGCUCCAGCGUCUGAGCAGCGAGUCUGUGCUUCUGAUUCGUCGAGAGGAUGUGUUGCAAAGACUGAUAGGUGACACCCAGCUGUCAAUGCAGGCACAGGGUAAAUCUGACCCCCGCUGGAUCAUCUUCGAUGUGGAAGGCCAGGUGAGGCAGGUGUGCUGUGAGGAAGAGUGUGGUAACGAAGAGCUGCCGAAGAUGAGCCACAUCGUGAUUCCAGCAGCAUACCAGUCGGGUGUUUCUCUCUUUGCACUUAGAGACUCUGGCCUUGGGCAAAUGCUCCUCCAAGCCCCUGAUCUACCCCUGCUGUAAUGUGACUUAAAUGUUAAUUACUCCAUCUGUCUACUGAUUAUGGCCCUUGCCUACAUGUACUGUGGCAGGAUUGUACCUGCUGGUGCUUGGACUGGUCAUGCUCACGUGACCUGAAUGUAUUUUGAGAGGGCAGUCGCAUUUGGUGUUGUGGAUGAGCUUCUGAUUCCAGCUGAAGAUACUCUGGCACUCUUCACAAACAUGGGAAUUGAUAUCUAUGUUGAACCCACAACCACAUCUCACUGUUACAAUAUCCAGAAAUAGUGUGCAUUUGUGAAAUACCUCAAAAUGAAUGUUUUUCCUUAGUCUUAGACUAAAUUCCUCCACUUGUCCCUAUUCUGUCUAAUUUCCAUAAUGUAAACAAACUUGCUAAAUAAACAUUCAAGACGAUGA